AUGUGCGAGAAGACGGGAAUCGAUGACAAGAUGACGAACAUCACCCCGGAGACGAGGAUCAUGAUGAUGCGGACUGCCGAUAGCAGGAAUGGCUACCGGAGACAGAUCCUUGCCGCCCUCGCAGUGUCCCUUGGCCCAUUCGCCGCGGGCCUCAGCAAAGGCUACAUGUCCCCUGCCAUCGCCUCCAUGCAAGAGUUGGAGCACCAGAACGCCUCCUUCACCGUCAGCGACCAGCAGGCGAGCUGGAUCGCCAGUUUGAGUCUACUAGGUGCCUUAAUUGGGGGGAUCUUGGGAGGGAUGGCGAUGAGGUUGGGGCGCCGAACGAUCCUCCUGGCAGCAGCCCUGCCGUAUACCGUCGCGUGGCUGGCGACAUCGCUGUCCACCAGCGUCGACAUGAUCUCCGUGACCUCGUUCUGCGGUGGCAUGUUGGUCUGCUGCAUCACAAUGAUAACACAGGUAUACAUAACCGAAAUCGCAGUGCCAGAGAUCAGGGGAUGCCUGAGCUCCGUCUCCAAGAUAUUGAGCCAGGUCGGCAUACUGAUCUCGUACUCUUUAGGGGCCUAUCUAAACUGGCAGCAGCUGGCGCUGGUGGUGGCGGCCGCUCCCGUCCUGCUGUUCCUAGCGCUGCUCUUCAUCCCUGAGACCCCUUCUUCGCUGUUCCUUCGGGGGAAGGAGGAGGACGCGGCAGAUUCCCUGCAGUGGCUAAGAGGCCCCGACGCAGACAUUAGACAGGAGCUGGCCACGAUCAGGACGAAUAUAUUAGCCAGUAAACAGUAUCACAAUGGCAGGGCGGGGAAACUCAAAGUGCUUCUGUCCAAAAGACUCACCAGGCCAGUCCUGAUCACGUGCGGGCUGAUGUUCUUCCAGCGCUUCACUGGCGCCCACGUGUUCAGCUUCUACGCGGUGCCGAUGUUCAAGAAGACCUUCCGGAUGAUGAACCCGCACGGUGGGGCCAUCGCCACCAGCGCUGUCCAGCUCCUAGCCUCGUGCUUGUCCGGAAUGCUGAUCGACAACGUCGGCCGCCUUCCCCUUCUGAUGAUAAGCGGCGUGAUGAUGUCCAUAGCGCUCGCCGGCUACGGCUCCUACGCUUACUACAUGACCAUCUUCAUGAACUCCACCGAUCUAACACACACCGAGCCGGGCGCUUACGACUGGAUACCGCUCGUCUGCGUGCUCACCUUCACGAUAGCGUUCUCCCUCGGGAUCAGCCCGAUAUCCUCCCUGCUUAUCGGGGAGCUGUUCCCCCUCGAGUACAGGAGCACGGGGAGCGCGCUGGCAACCAGCUUCAGCCACCUGUGCGGCUUCGUGAACGUGAAGACCGCCGCCGAUAUACAAGACCACAUAGGGCUGUACGGCCUGUUUUGGCUGUACGCCGGCAUAUCGGUGCUCUGUCUACUGUUCGUGGUACUCUUCGUGCCGGAGACCAAAGGCCGGGAGAUCGACGAGAUGGACCCUAAGUAUGUGGAGUCGCUCUGCAUCAACCGA